AUGCUAGACGCUUGGAGCAUCUCUUCCAGCCGCACACCUGGUUCCUUCGGGGCUGGUUGCACACAGCGCUCGCUUGCUUUACGAAGUGAAAGGACGUGUCUACCCGUGAGGGUACAGCGCCAAGAGGCGCUCGCAGUACGAAGUAACGGAUCGCAAAUCACAGUCAGCGAACGACUGAUGGGUUUCAUCCUUAUUUCGAUAAGCAACUGUCAUUUUUUGGCGAGAUGGGGAUGUAUAUUAUGA